AAAACUAAUUUUUCUUACAUUUCAGUGUAAAAUGGUGAAAGCAGUAGCAGUUGUCACAGUCAGUGAUACAUGUUUCAAAGACCAUUCUAAAGACACAUCAGGUCCAACAUUAGCAAAAUUUGCUAAAGAACUAUUCCCUAAUGCGAAUCUUCAUACAAUCAUCAUACCAGAUGAAAAGGAAAUUAUAGAAAAGGAACUGAAAUAUUUCUGUGAUGAGGCUAAUGUUGAUUUAGUCCUUACUACUGGAGGUACAGGACUAGGUAUUAGAGAUGUAACUCCAGAGGCCACAAAAGCAGUUAUACACAGAGAAGUACCAGCAAUACCUAUAGCUUUGACAUUGGAAAGUCUAAAGCAAACUCCUAUGGCUAUGCUGUCGCGUUCCAUUGCUGGUGUACGAGGUCAAACCUUUAUAAUCAAUUUCCCAGGCAGUAAGAAAGCUGUAAAAGAACUAAUAGAAGUAGUUCGACCAGUGUUAUCUCAUGCAAUAUCUCUAAUAAAGAAUGAAUUAGCUGAAGUAAAAUCCAUACAUGAUACCAUGCAGUUUGGUUGUUCUCAUCAUUGUAUUAGCAGUAAUGUUGAUAUAAGUAAAGUAGCAUUUAGACCUAGAGAAUCUCCUUAUCCAAUGUUAGAAAUGACUGACGCUUUCAAGAUAGUUGAUGAUGUAAUGACGCAAUGUACAGAACAGUUGGAGAUAGUGCCUAUUGAAGAUGGAUUAGGAAGAGUAGUUGCACAAACUGUAUUUGCUAAAGAACCAAUGCCACCAUUUCCAGCUUCUGUUAAAGACGGCUACGCAUGUCUAAGUUUAGAUGGUGCUGGCAUUCGGCGCGUGCGCUCGGCGUUGACGGCCGGCGAUGCUCCCACUCAGCCUCUUAUGAGUGGGGAGUGUGCUAGGAUCAAUACUGGAGCUUCUUUGCCAUCUGGUGCGGAUUGUGUUGUUCAGGUAGAAGACACCAAACUGAUCUCAGCGUCGGAAGAUGGGCAAACAGAAAUAGACGUGGAGAUAAUGGUUGCUCCACAACCUAAUCAAGAUGUCAGACCUAUUGGUUUUGAUAUACCCAUGGGAUCUACUCUUGCUGAUAAAGGUGAUGUCCUGGAUGCUGGACAGAUAGGAGUGCUGGCAGGCGCUGGAUAUCAAAAUAUUACUGUCAAAGCUCAUCCCAAGAUUGCAUUACUCUCAACUGGAAACGAGCUGCAAGAGCCAUCUGAUUUACAUUUAAGACCUGCUCAUAUAAGGGAUUCCAACAGAAUAAUGCUGAAAGUCUUACUCAAGGAACACGGCUUUCAAAGUAUAAAUUGUGGCAUCGCACGUGACGAACCCAGCGCUCUUGUUGCCGCAGUUAGCAAUGCAUUAAAGCAAGCUGAUAUUUUAAUCUGCACUGGUGGAGUGUCUAUGGGAGAAAGAGAUUUGUUAAAACCUGUGUUGGUAAAGGACUUUGGUGCAACUUUGCAUUUUGGACGUGUACGUAUGAAGCCGGGCAAACCAAGUACCUUUGCCACCUGCGUCUUUGCUGGCAAAACUAAGUUCAUAUUUGCAUUACCAGGCAACCCAGUGUCAGCUUAUGUAUGCUGCAACCUGUUUGUCAUGCGAGCCCUUCGUGUCUGUUCCGGGUUGGCCCCUGAUUGGGUUCAUUUCAAUGUGAAGUUGUCUCAUCCGGUUCGUCUUGAUGCGAGACCUGAGUAUGCCCGCGCUUCCAUACAAGUCGCUGAUGAUGGAUUGCCGACUGCUAAGUUGCUUGGCAGUCAGUGCAGCAGCCGCCUUCUCAGCGCAUGCGGCGCUGCGGUGUUACUAGAACUUCCUGCAGCUACUGAUGAUGUUCAGUCUCUACCUACGGGAUCUGUAGUAAAGGCGCUUGUUACGGGAAGGCUAUACCACACUGCGCCUAUGUAACACUACUUAACUCAUUGGCUGUUGCAUCCAUAUCACACAAGGGAAAUUUAAGUGUGCAGCGUAGAGCGAACGAUAGCGACGAGUGUGACCAAUCGUUUAUAUUACAGAAUGUCACUUUUAACGAAAAAGCGCCUUAUAUUGAGGCCUUUAAGCUUAACUCGAAUAACCUCGAAAUUUAGACUUAGAAGCAUAUCGCUCAAUUGCAUAAAGGUAUAUUAUCUAUGCUGUUUCGUUAAGUAAUAUCAUAGUAUAAUAAGACAAGUAGUGUAACUCCACACAAACGUGACAGUGUGGCUUGCAUGUGUGCACACUCGCCGCGCUCCGUGUAGAGGCUCACGCAUUCGCAUAAUCGCGGUGAACUCGCGUUACAUAGCGUGGGUCGUCCAAUGCAUCAUUCAUUAAUUCAUUAAAUUUACAAUUUUUCUACGUCAAAUGUAUAUAUCUUUUUUUUUAUGAAUGUACCGUUAUAUAUGUCCUCUCUAUCUAUUACAUGAUCAUCCUUCCAUAAUCGAAAUCCGCGAUACUCUUAUAAAAAUAUCAACAUGUAACUGCUGCGUUUCAAAAGGUUAUUUCAAUAUAGCACGAAAAUACUGUGAUGAAUACUUAAUUUUUUCAAAUUACGUUUUGCAACCUGUGGGUGUUUACAACUAAAAUAAUUGACGCUAUCAGGGCAAAAGAGGUAUAACCCACAUUUAAUUAUUUUUUCUACAAUAUUCCUUUAAAUGAUACUAAUGUGUAAUAAAAAAAAACUUGCAUACAUUACUAUAAAGGCUGAGUGUCCUAAUCCUAACUUAUUUUACACUUAACUAACUAACUUGUAAACAGACUAAUUUACUAUUUUGAAAAUUAAACACACCGUAUAACAUUUACGACAGA